GACAGGGGCACUGAUUGAGGCUCAAUGACACUCAACCAGCGACUAAUUGAGACUGAAAAUUUGUGACAUAAUAAAAUGUCUAAAAAACUUCAAUUAAGCCGUCGUGGACAAAAUGAAAAUGAUGAAGACUCUGAUAUAGCCACUAUCAAACAUUUCCACCAUGAAGAAGACGAAAAUGAUGAAGAAUCUUCUACCAAACAGACGCAGAACCGUGACAUUAAUGAAGUCGCAGAGGCUACUGUAAAAAAGCCAAAAGCUCAAGAUACAACAUCUGAAAUUGACACGACUGACACAUUGGACAGACCACUAAAUUCAACUGCAGACGACAGUUAUUAUGUUAAAAACGAAGCUUAUUUUUCAGAUUUUACAAACUUUAGAUUAUUUGCAGAAGUUGCACAAGCUGGACGAGCUCGUGCUGAAGACAGCAUUUUUGAGGCAGAAACCAAAGGUUCAAGCAUCUCAUUUGAUACUGAAGUCAGUCCGGUUGGAGCCAAAGUAAUGGCUCGAGCUGAAGUCGCCAGUGCAUCAGCUAGUGUCGGUCCAGUUGGUGUGAAAGUGGGACUUGGAUUUGACACGGGUGCAUCUGUUGGUGAGGAUGGGGUGGAGGCCAAAUUCCUGGGAACUGGAUUCUCAAUUGGUCAAAAAAACAGCAUAUCUGUUCUGGGUUCAGAAGCAUCAUGUUCAGUCAUGUAGUCAUAGAGGUAUUAAUUACCUUGGAAUAUUGAUGUGUAACAUUUUACUACUGAACCAUGAAGAGAAAAAAAUAAUAAAAAACAUUAACUUUAACUUUGACCGGAUUAAAUGCAGAAUUAGUACUGUCACUGAAUACACAGAAUUAUACUUCAACGACACGAAAAUAAUGUUGUUGUUUUAGAUUUUAUAAUUAUACAAAUUUUAUGACUUUUGUUUUCAUUUCAGAAUAAAUAUUUGUAUUUGGUUAUGUAUGUUUAUGGUUAUUGCUUUUCUCUUCAGAGCUGUCAUUCCAAGCUUUUAUGUUAAAAUAAUGUCUUCACUUUGGACUUCUGCAUCAAUCGUAGAAUUCAUCAAAAUAUCUUACAUGCAAAGCAUAUCAUUAAA